AUGGAGUCACCGCCUCCUCCCACGCGCUCCACGGCCAUUGCCUUUCCCCAAGUGUCCCCCUUCUCCUUCUCCGUCUCCUAUUUAUAGCCCCUCUCCCCGCACCCCUCUCUGUACUCGUCCCCCGAACCAAACUGUCCCUUCCUUUCCCUUGCCCUUCAGGUUCUCUCGUUUGGUACAUUCGAUCCAACUCAUCUCUCUUUCUUUGGAGGAGGCGCGGCAGGAGGACGAGGAAGAAGAAGACGAUGGUGUCGUUGGUGUCGCGACAGGGCAGGCAGUUGCAGCGCUACACCAAGAGCGGGGGUCGCCUCGUCGUCGGGUGCAUUCCUUACAAGUUUAGCCCCCACGGUGAAGGCCUCGACAAGUCGAUGGAGGUCCUCGUCAUCAGCUCGCCCAAAGGCAAUGGGUUGCUGUUCCCGAAGGGUGGUUGGGAGACGGACGAGACCAUAAAAGAAGCAGCCUCGCGGGAGGCAUUGGAGGAAGCUGGCGUGCAAGGGAACGUCGAGCGUAAGCUUGGGAGAUGGAGGUACAAGAGCAGAACGUACGAUGCAUACUAUGAGGGCAUCAUGUUCCCUCUGAAUGUUACCGAGGAACUGGGAGAUUGGCCUGAGAUGCAUGUGAGACAACGCAAAUGGGUGACGGUGGCCGAAGCCAAAGAGGGAUGCCAGCAUCCAUGGAUGAAGGAAGCACUUGAGAGAUUGGUGAAGCGGGUCUCCGAUUCCGGCAGGAGGAGGAGCAGCAGCAGCACUAUCGCAGCAUCUUAGAAUUCUUCUUCCUUGGCAAUAUUCAGUGUACAUGAUGUUGGGGAUGAACUCUCUCAUCCUUUCAAGUAGCUGAUAGUUUAGCAGACUCUGAUCGUUCUUUACAUUCUUUCAGCCUGAUGAUUGCGUAUGUGUAAUCAUCAUUUUACUGUGGAUUGUUGCAAGGAAAUCAAUGGAAACUUGUAGCACUCAGAGCUACUGUACUCUUUCUUUC